AUGACUGUUUUUGUUUUAGAUCCAAACAGUGAUGAUAUAAAUAAAGUGGAUGAGUUGAAGAAGUUUCUGAGGAAGGAGAAAACGACUGUUUCCCAUGCCAGAGGAAUACUUGUUGGAUGUGCUGAGGCUGGAAAAACAACGCUACUGAAGAGAUUAAGAGGGCAACAUCAAAAUGUCGGUGAAGUUACAGAGUCCACCAGGGGACUGGAAGUCCAUCAACAUCUGUUUAUUGUUAGAGAUAAAGUUUUAGAAGUGGCUGAUGAUGACUCACCAUUGAAGAAAUUUAUUAGGAUAAACGCUGCAGAUUUAAAACCAGACCCAAGCAGUGCAGUUGACAGCUCCAAUACAAAUGAACAUGGGGACAACCUGGAAAUGAAAAAUACUGAUAAAGACACUGAAGUUAUUCAUAGCACAGAGGAAAAGAAAGAAGAGAAAGUAGAGUUUUCUAGCCCACCAACUAAACGCAGAAAAGAAGAGAACUCAGUAGAUGUAAUGGCCAGUGCUCUCUCCUCAGAAGCUACAGCUAUGGUGAAGGAUAAAAUUUUUCAGAAAAUCUUGUCUGAUAAAGAAAAAUUCCCAACUGUUAGCAUGCUGGAUUUUGCUGGCCAGUUAGCGUAUUAUGCCUGUCACCAAAUUUACGUAACACCAAAGGCUUUCUUCAUCCUUGUGUUGGACAUGACUAAGAGGUUUGAAGAUGUUGUCGAUAAAGAGAAAGAUAAAGAUAAUCAAGAAGGAUCAAUCUUCUCUGUGUGGACAUACAAAGACUACCUGAAGUUUUGGAUAACCUCAAUCAAGACAUUUGGAGGCAAAAAGGCACCACUGUUUCUUGUUGUCACACACACAGAAACAAAAUCUACAGAUGAAAUAGACAAGUAUUUGGGGGAGUUUUGGAAUGCCGUACCAGACGAGGACAGAGAUUGGUUAAGUGAGUCUCUGAAUGAUAGAGAAUAUGCAGUAGGUCUAAAGGAACUUAAUGAUAAUACCAAGGAAAAACUAGAGUCAAUUAAAAAGUCCAUAGUGGAACUAUUCACAGAUGAGAACAAUACAAAAGUUGAAUUGCCUUCUUCAUGGGCUCUAAUGGAGCAGUUAUUGUAUGAAGGAGGCUGGAAGGUUUUGUCCCUGAGUGAAAUCUGGAAGCUCAACGCAUCUCUUCCUGAUGAAUACCAAAUCAAAAGUGACAAGGAAAUGUCCGAAUUUUUAAAAUGUUUCCAUGACAAUGGUCUUCUUUUGAAUUUUGGAGAAGCAGACUUGAGGGAACAUGUUAUACUAGAUAUUCAGUGGUUUGCUAAUGCUUUCAGCAAGAUAAUUGCUGAUGAAAAUCACAUCAAUAAAGAUUGUAAAAGGAAAUUAAUUAAAGAGUGGAAAUCCUUCAACAAAACGGGGGAACUUAAAGAUAAAGUGAUAAAUGCACUGUGGAAAGAUGAACCCUCUUACUUGAAACAUAAAAGUGAAAUUAUGCCAUACAUGGAGAAACUUCAAAUGCUGGUACCUUUGAAUGCAUAUGAGGCUGUAUCAGAAGGUGGCAUGUCAUGGUAUGUCCCGUGUAUGAACAAAAAGCAGUUUAAAGCUGACUUCCGUGAAGAUAAAUGGGAAUGCUCAUCCAUUUUGUGCUUCCGAUUCGCUUCCUUUGCCAUGUUUAUGUUCUACAGACUGGUAGCAUACUGCAUAAGUUCUCUAAGAUGGAGUGUUGCAAAAGAUGAAGAUAAUGAAGGAAGUCCAUGUCUUUAUCAAACGGCAGCAGUGUUUGAUCACAAUGAACACACGGUCGUUGUUGGCAUAUGCAAUGACGAUAUCCAGUUGCAGGUGCUGAGAAUCAAACCGUUGACUAUAGACAAAGAAAUAUCAAAUGAAAUUGGAGACUCCAUUGAUAAAGCAAUAGAAAAAUUGACGGAAACAUUCAUUGGCACAAAGAUAUUUGAAAGAGGAUACAAAUGUCAAAACAUUAUUUGUAAUGAGAAAGAUCUAUCUUUUACCGUUUCAAGUGAGCUGUCCAAAAUCAAGGCUAAUGGAAUUCAGUGCAAGUGUCAACUUCGAGAGAAACAUGUGAUAAAUGUACAGAUGACGCAGGGAUUCUGGGAAAAGUUGAUUAGAAACAUUUGUUCAAAAAUUCCUAAACCAACAAAAGUAAAAUGGGGAGAAGAGCCUGCAGCAAGAGAGGUGAGAGUGGGUGAUGAUAUCGAGAGAAUUAGGUCAAUACGAAAUAGUUUGACUGCACAUGUGAGUUCAGCCUCCACCUCUCAGACAGAAUUCCAUGAUACCUGGUCGACAAUGUCAGAUAUCUGCCAAAGACUGGAAACCUUCACUGGUAAAAAGUACUUGGAUAGUCUCAAAGGCAUUCAGAAACUGUCUCUAAAAGAGGAAGGGGAAGAUGCAAUAAAAGCUAUCAUAGAAAAGUUUGUCAAGGAUCAACACGAACAACAUGAACUGUUGAAGACAGUCGUGUCAGAUGUUCAAGAAUUAAAGUCUCAAAUGAUGACAUUAAAACGAAAUUGA